AUGACGAAGCAGGCGGAAACCAACUCGACCCAGAAGACGGAAAACAGCAGGGACGAGGACUGGAAGACCCAGGCCCCCUACGUGCCCCCCGGCAAGUCACACCCCCACGGCGACAGCUUCCAGAAGAAGAUCCGCGGCGCCUGCCAGUGCGGCCAGGUCUCGUACUGGCUGCAGAAGGACAAGCCGCUCGCCUCCAAGUACUGCCACUGCAAGGACUGCCAGAAGAUGCAUGGCGCCCCCUUCCAGUGGGCCGCCAUCUUCCACAAGGAGGACCUCGCCUUCGACAAGGGCGUCGACGGCCUCGCCUUCUACUCCUCCGGCAAGAACCUCCAGGGCCACGACCUGCCCUGCAAGGUCAGCUGCGGCUUCUGCGGCAGCCGCAUCAUGGACGAGGGCCGCAACAUGGUCCUCGUCUUCCCCGGCCUGCUGCACUUUGACGGCGAGCAGAAGCGUGACAACUUUGAGGUCCAGAAGCACAUAUUCUACGGCCAGAGGGUCGUCGACAUGCCCGACGGGAAGCCCAAGUGGAGCGGGCUGGACGAAAAGAGCGAGCUGAUGGAGGAGGAUGUCGUCGACGUCAAGCAUAAGAAGCAAAAGACGGGCAAUGAUGACGAAUAA